GCAAUAAAUUAUAUUAUCGUUUGAGCAUGCGUCGGUUUGUAAACUUCCGACAUGUGUUUCAGUUGUUUCGCUUUGAUCUGACAAGCAGUUUAGUACCAAGAGAAGUUGUCAAGAAGAUUUCACUGAAAUGGCGACCUAUUGGAAAUCACAACCAAAAAAGUUUUGCGACUUCUGCAAAUGCUGGAUUACAGACAAUAAACCAAGUGUUGACUUCCAUGAGAAAGGAAAAAAGCAUCAAGAAAAUGUAAAAAGGAAGAUUGACGAGGUGAGGAAAAAAAGUACAAAGGAUGCAGAGAAAAGAGAAGAGGCAGAAGAUGAUUUUCGGAAAAUGGAGGAGGCUGCACUUGAAGCGUUUAAGAAAGACCUCGCAGAGAAUCCUGAGUUAGCGGCCCAGUACAGUGCAAAGGUCAAGGCAGCUAAAGAAAAAGAGGAUCAAUUGAAGAAAGAAGUUGAGGAAGAAAUGAAACCAGAGAAAGAGGAAACUCAACCUGAAGAGGCUGGGGAAUGGUUAGAGGCGAAAUCUCCUGAGGGAUACUCCUACUACUGGCACACCAUCACACAGGUGCCAGUGUGGGAGGCACCAGAAAAGUUUGUGUCCUUGGAGGAACAGAAGCAAAGAGAAGAAGAAAAGGCUAAGGAAGAAAGUCAACAACAGUUACCUGAGGAGGACCCUGUAGAACCAGUGUAUACCUCGGCAUCCAAUGUCGACACAGAGGCAUUGCUUGGUAUGAGUUUUGGACCUCAGCCCCACCAGCCUGUCAAGCAUGUGUAUGGAUCUUGGGUCACGACCUCUGACACGACCGAGUUUGAAGCUGAACCACCGGUUCCCCAGGAACCUCUCCCAGUGAACUGUAUACCCCUCCCUGGAGAAUGUGAAGCACCCCCAGACGAGUCCUCAGAUCAACCCUCAGACCAGCAACCAAAACCCAAAAAGGACAAAUUCAAGGAGAAAAAAGUUGCCUCCCUUGGAGGAGCUCAAGGGGAAGCCGUUGCUUUUAAAAAGAGAAAAAUUGCAUCAGGAGCAAGGAAUGUUCGGCGUCGAGAUGAAGAUGAUUGACAUACAUAUUUCUGUAGUUGGGUUUUAAUACGAAUUGAUGACCUAGAACUUCAUGUACAUCAUGUACACAGUACAUAUGUCGUUAAAUUACCUCAAGUGACAAUGACCACUCUGUAACUAUACCUACAACACUGUAUCAGUUUUAGAGAUUUGGAAAGGUGGGUAACAACCAGGGGAUACUCUUGAUGUUUAGAUCUGUAAGACAUAACGAUCAAAUAGUUAAGCUCCCUGAAAUGUCUUGUGUUUUAAUAUGGACACUGAGCACAGAGUAUGUGUAUUUUACUGGGGUAAUUCCUGUGAGGUAGUUCUUGUUAUGUAUUUAUAACUAAUAUGUAUGCACUGUAUGGAGUCUGACACCGUGGAGUACAGAGCCUUGGAUACAACACGGAAUCCACAUCAACAUUAUGGCUUGAUGAACUUAUUUAUAUAAGUGUCAAGAGUUGUUAAGAGCUUAAAGAGACUAGACUAGUUGUGAACUAUUAAAACAAUCGAUUGAUUGCAUGUGUUUGAAUUUUACCCACUAGAAACUAUAUCUAUUUGUUAAAACAUGUCAACAACAAAAAAUCGAGUGAAAGCAGAUGAUGUUUCCAAAUAAAUGUGAUCAAACUUACCCUGAUCCUGUUGUCAAUGAUUCCUAUUCUUAGUUUCCCCUAAUCUUCAAUCACUGUGCAUACUGGAUGUGAUGCAGGUAAGGGAUCUAUGGAACUACACCUGGUUAUACUUUGGUGGUCAUCAAUGUUAAAGCUCAAAGGUCACACUGUACGAUUUUGAUGUCCCUUGAGGUCACACUGUACGAUUUUGAUGUCCCUUGAGCCGUUGUACAGAUUUAGUUCAUAUUCACACCAUAACAUCACCACAUGAUAUGCCUCCAAUUAUAUAUUGGUGGUCAUCAAGUUCAAAGGUCGCAACUGACCACUUUAACAUUAAAAAUCCCGUGUUUAAGAUAUGUCUUAAACCUGUGGUCAGAUUUAGUUCAUAUUCAAUGUAACAUCAUGUAUAGCAUCAAAUUCUAUACUUGAUCAGAUUAACGAGUCUAACAGAGUAUGUAUGUUUUACCAGGGUAUUUAUACAAGUCUAAAACAAUCCAUGUCAGCAUAAAUUCCACUACAUGCUUCUAACGAAAUGUUAGGUAAGGGAGGAUCCCAUACAAUUUUGAAGUAUGGAAAGUAUACUAGCGGAAAAAAGAAACGCAACUGUAUUUUCGAAAGUUAUGAUUUUACAUCAUUCAUUGAUGAUGUGAUCAUGGUGUGUGUUUCUCGAUUAUUUCAUCAUUACUGAAUACAUUUUGAUGAUUUUUGUUGUCCUAUAACAGACGGUGUUUGCACGAAUAGUGUUAAAACAAGAGUACACCAAGCCGUUUCCUGGUCCGAAUCAGUAGCGUGUGUGUCCACCCCUGGCAUCAGUCACUGCUCUUACUCUCCUUAACAUUGACUUCAUCAAGGUGUUUAUUAAAUAACCAUUUGAGGGAUAUUAUUCCACGGCUGAAUAAAAACCUGCAUGAGUUGAGCGAC